UAAAGGCGGAGCUUUCCCGGUUCCCUCCUCCCAGUCUGCCGGACAAAUCAGACGAACUCAGCAGACAGAGGAACAACAUGGAUCCGAACACGACGAUUCUGCGAGUCAAGCGGAAAAGGGGGACCGACCCGGCCGAUGCGUUGUUGUUGGCGUGUAAACGUAUCCGGCCGGAGACGUCCCAGGGCUCGGGCGAACCGGUACCGGAGCCAAAUGAAGCCGAGGUGGAAAAUUCAGUCUUCAAACUCGUGGCGACCGUAGCGACACAGGAUGCUCCUGUUCAGACCCAGGUGCGACAGGCUUUGGCUCGGCCUCGCAUGGCCCACGCACUGCGCCCCUCUGCUGCCACUUCCCAACGGAUCAUCGGGGGCCUCCGGAGCACAAAGUGGAGCACCCGGAGGGAGGAACGCUACAGAAUCCUCUCCAGCCACCGGACGGGGCUGUCGAGCUCAGCGGAGCAGCAAACCGACCACACGGAAGCUGCGGAUGGUGUAGAGGAAACUGGGAAAGAGCAGGACAAAUGUUUGGGUCUCUGUGCAAUCCAGGUGGUUGAUCUCCUACAUGAGGAGGUAGAGGACCAGGACAAAUCUAGCAAGACGCUGUCCUCAGACCCAGAAGUGAUCCUGUGUAACAGCACCAAGAUGCUGCGGGAGCGCCUGAGCAUCACCGGCGACAGACUGGGGGAGGACCACCGGGAGCAGGACGACGACUACGUCUACGAUCUCUACUACCAGGAAAUGGUCGCACCCGGCUGGAUCCAGGACAUCCUGUCUGUCAGGGCCUACACCGAUGAGGGAGAACUGGUGCCUGACGUUGUGGUUCGUGAAGAGGAGGUGUAUGAAGACGAGGACGAUGAAAACGAGGAAGGCAACUGGAGGAAUGACUACCCCGACGAGGGGAGCGAUGCAGACAGCGACCGCGAGGAGCGCUAUGGCGGUUACUGGGAGGAGGAGCACUCGUACAGCCAGAGGAGCUGGGGCCGCUACCAGAGGGAGGUGCUGCAGGAGCUGGACUGUCGCGGUGAAGAUGACAAUGAGGAUGAUGAUGGAGACAAAUAUAAUUCCGAUUGAUCUAUUCCUUACCCCCAUGGCUUUCACUGGAUCUUCCCCAUGCACUCAACACAAAUGAUCACCAUACCCCAUAGUCCUCUGUGUAGGCGAGAGUGGAGGGAAACACCUGCUGCAAUGGCACGUAUUAUUAAUAAUAAUAAUCAUCAUAACCACAAAUGUAAAUGUAAACCUUGAGAAAAAUAAACUGAAAUCCCGUCUCGAAGUGUAGCAAUUUUACAUCUAGCACUCGUAAAAUUUGACCAAAAAAACAAAAGUUGACGGAGAACAUACUGUUCUUACCCCCCCGUUGCGUUACCAUACAUUGCUAAACCUCUUUUUAGAGUGAAAUCAUCCUCCGCUCUACACAGAUGGUGAAGGAGUAGGUGUCAUUCCUGGAGGAUCCAGAGUGUCUUUUUUUUUUUUUUUUUUUUUUUUUUUUUAUAACUGGUGGAGUGAAUUUGUGUGUGGGUGUUUGUUCCAUGUGGAUAUUUGUGUGUGUGUGUUAAUAAUGUUGCACAUUAGUGUGAUAUGCCUUGUAUGCUCUUGUGCUGUUAACACUUCUGUUAUAAAGAUGUCUUGGGCUGCGUGUGACUGCGUUUUGUGCAUGGUAGGUGUGUGUGUGUGUGUGGGGUGUGUGUUGGUAUAUUUGUGUGCGUGUUAGAUUUUUGCAUAAUGUGAAAGUGUGAUGCAAGUUUUGUUGGUGUGCGAGUUUGGUUCAGAAAUCCCCUUCGAAGUUAAGAUUGUUUCUCUUGGAUGCCUGUUGAAUUACAAUUUUGUAAAUAUGUAGAUGUGUAUAAAAAGAAGGCUUUCAAAAUAAACUCUAAACAUC